UACGAGCUGAAGAUAUGCACAAGCGCAUGUGAAACGCGCGUACGCGUGUGUGUAAGUGAGUAAAGAAAAGUGUAAGAAGCAAAGGAGUGUAGAAACAAAACAAGUGUAAACAAAAAAGCGAAUAAUUAAGUUUAAAAUAAACUUCCAAAAGGAAACGAAAUAAAUUUCGAGUUUAUUUUAACUCCGUGUGGUGUAGUUAAGUGUAAAGUGCCUGCUCCAGCAGCAAGAUGCAAUUGUUGGUGUCUUCAUCCUACUGGUCCUGGCACUACCUGCGUUUGAGUAUCUGCCUCAUCGUGUUCAGCCUGCAGCUGCAAUACACGCUAGCGCUGCCCGAUGUCAUCAAAAUUGGUGGCCUAUUUCACCCGACCGACGAUACACAGGAGCUGGCGUUUCGUCAGGCCGUCGAACACAUCAACUCUGAUCGAUUAAUUUUGCCGCGUUCCAAGUUGGUGGCGCAAAUUGAACGCAUCUCGCCAUUUGAUAGCUUCCAUGCGGGCAAAAGGGUUUGCGGCUUGUUGAACAUUGGCGUGGCAGCCAUUUUCGGGCCACAAUCUUCCAACACCGCGAGCCAUGUGCAAAGUAUCUGCGACAAUAUGGAGAUACCUCACUUGGAGAAUCGUUGGGAUUAUCGCUUACGCCGUGAAAGCUGCCUGGUGAACUUAUAUCCACAUCCAAAUACAUUAGCCAAGGCUUACGUGGAUAUCGUCAAGUAUUGGGAAUGGAAGACUUUCACGAUUAUCUAUGAGAACAAUGACGGCAUUGUACGGCUACAGGAGCUGAUCAAGGCGCAUGAUAGCUCACCGUAUCCGAUUACAGUGCGACAACUGAGCUAUUCGGGCGAUUAUAGACCUCUACUCAAACAAAUCAAAAACUCCGCCGAAGCGCACAUCGUACUCGACUGUUCCACCGACAAGAUAUACGAAGUACUCAAGCAAGCGCAACAAAUUGGCAUGAUGAGCGAUUAUCACAGUUAUUUGAUUACGUCACUCGAUCUACAUACCAUUAAUCUGGACGAAUUCCGUUAUGGUGGGACGAAUAUAACUGGUUUUCGGCUAAUUAAUGAAAAAGUCGUCUCGGAUGUGGUGCGCCACUGGAGUUUCGACGAUAAAGGCUUACAACGCUCAGCCAAUUUGAGUACGGUGAGAGCGGAGACGGCGCUAAUGUACGACGCAGUACAUCUCUUCGCCAAAGCAUUGCACGAUUUGGACACAUCACAGCAAAUAGAUAUACAUCCGAUUAGCUGUGACGGGCAGAAUACGUGGCAACAUGGUUUCAGUUUAAUCAACUACAUGAAAAUCGUCGAAAUGAAGGGACUCACGAAUGUGAUCAAAUUUGAUCAUCAAGGCUUUCGCACCGAUUUCGUGUUGGACAUUAUAGAAUUGGGGCCGAUGGGUAUACGAAAAAUUGGCACAUGGAACUCAACAUUACCGGAGGGUAUCAACUUUACGCGUACCUACAGCCAGAAACAGCGCGAAAUUGAAGCGAACUUGAAGAACAAAACGCUGACGAUCACCACAAUAUUGAGUAAUCCAUAUUGCAUGCGCAAAGAGUCAGCAGUGCCACUCACAGGCAACGAUCAGUUUGAGGGCUAUGUUGUUGAUCUCAUACAUGAGAUAUCGAAGGCAUUGGGCUUCAACUAUAAAAUACAGUUGGUGCCGGACGGCAACUAUGGCAGUUUUAAUAAACAAAAUGGCGAAUGGAAUGGCAUGAUACGCGAGCUGCUGGAACAACGCGCCGAUCUAGCAGUCGCCGAUCUCACCAUUACUUUCGAGCGUGAACAAGCGGUAGACUUCACUAUGCCCUUCAUGAACUUGGGCGUUUCAGUGCUUUAUCGCAAACCCGUUAAGCAACCACCGAACUUAUUCUCAUUUCUCUCACCGCUUUCGCUGGAUGUCUGGAUUUAUAUGGCAACAGCUUAUUUGGGUGUUUCCGUGCUGCUCUUCAUUUUGGCGCGCUUCACACCCUAUGAAUGGCCUGCAUACGCUGAUGCUCAUGGCGAAAAGGUCGAGAGUCAAUUUACGCUCAUGAAUUGCAUGUGGUUUGCGAUUGGUUCGUUAAUGCAGCAGGGCUGUGACUUUUUGCCCAAAGCUUUAUCAACUCGCAUGGUAGCUGGUAUUUGGUGGUUUUUCACUUUAAUCAUGAUCUCAUCGUACACAGCCAAUUUGGCUGCUUUUCUCACAGUGGAGCGUAUGGAUUCUCCAAUCGAGAGCGCUGAGGAUCUUGCUAAGCAGACACGUAUUAAAUAUGGCGCUUUAAAGGGUGGCAGCACGGCAGCAUUUUUCAGAGAAUCGAAAAUUUCCACUUACCAACGAAUGUGGUCGUUCAUGGAAUCCGCACGACCGUCUGUAUUCACCUCAACCAAUGCCGAAGGAGUGGAGCGAGUAGCAAAGGGCAAAGGCUCAUACGCCUUCCUCAUGGAAUCCACAUCCAUUGAAUAUGUGACCGAACGUAAUUGUGAGCUGACACAGGUGGGCGGCAUGUUGGACACCAAAGGUUAUGGCAUAGCAGCGCCACCAAAUUCUCCCUACCGCACCGCCAUCAAUGGUGUCAUACUCAAAUUGCAGGAGGAGGGCAAAUUGCAUAUACUGAAAACCAAAUGGUGGAAAGAGAAACGUGGCGGUGGUAGUUGUCGUGUUGAAACAUCGAAAUCAUCAUCGGCGGCAAAUGAGUUGGGUUUGGCGAAUGUCGGCGGUGUGUUCGUAGUGUUAAUGGGCGGCAUGGGCGUGGCAUGUGUUAUUGCAGUUUGUGAAUUUGUGUGGAAAUCGCGAAAAGUCGCCGUCGAGGAGCGGCUAAGUGCGAUUCUGCAUGAAUGAGAUUAAGCCGAAGAUGUGUGGGUUUGAAAGACGAGCGAAAUAACAGGCAAAAUGUAUUAUUGAGGUCGGAAAAGUUUCGGUUUGAAUGAAAAAUUCAAAAUGAUUUUGAUACAUACAAACAUAUGGGAAAGCUCACUGGGCGUAAACAAAAAAGAGGUCUAUAAGUAUGCAUUUAAAUAUAUUAUUUUAUACUCCAUACUGAACUGCGGUCUUGGAUAGAAACAAAUAUUAGAGUGACCAUGAAACUAAAUUUUUCAAUGUUAUUCGCGGCGAAAAUAUUUAGAAAUUUUUUGGAUGUUUUUUUUUUGUGCUAUUUUUUCUAUACUUAUUUAAGUAACGAGAUUUUCGCAAAAGUAAUUUACAAACUUUGCUUUUCCAUGAAUUUUAAAAAAUUUUUUGGUUUAAGUAUAAUUCACACUUACGCAUUUCUUUAUCUAUAAGCGGUAAAAACCCUGCAAACAUUUUUAUGCCAUAAGGUCCAUUGGAGUAAUCCAAUGAGUACUCCUUUGUAAUGUACUAUUGGAUCAACUGACAUCUCGCGACCAACUCGUUGUUAACCGAUUCAACCGAUUAAGAUUGUUCAUGGUUUCGCGAUCGUAAUUACUGAACCAAGUUGCAAAUGCGCAAUAAAAUUUAUACUCGUAUAAAGAAAAUUUGAGAAAAUGAAAUUAAUUCAUUUUCGUUUUGUUGGUGGGCACUGUUGAUACACAGAUGGCGAGAUGAAAUUUUAGUUAGUAGUAUAAACGGUUUGCCAAUGAGAGCUUAAUAUUCAAAAAAAAACUUUCCCUUUUGAAAGAUCGUCAUCCGUCAAGAUGAUUUUUCGAUGAAAUUUUUUUAGUGAAUUUUAAUAAUUUCAAUGCGCUGUUGAGAUGUAUAUCAUUCCAAUUUGAAUUACUGACGUAGUGUUUACAUAUCAAAUGACACAAAAUUAUAGCUUCAGAGUGACAUCUAGCGGAAUAGCAGGAUAUUAAAAAUAUCAUCUCUAAUUGGAACCCAAAAGAACAAAUUAAAAUAUUUUUUUUUAUAGUUAUUGGCAAUAUAUUAUUAAUAUUAAUUUAAUUUUCACUGAAAAUUAUUAAGUUUCACUAACUUUUCACCAAUGUGGAUUGUAUUCGAAAAUGAAAAGCAUGUUCGAAUGUAAUUUUUCGUAUAUACAUACUUCAUAAUAAAACCCACUGAAUCUACUACAUGGUUUGCUCCGAUGUUAAGCGGAAGUGGAGUAUAUGAGGAUAUGAUCUAGCCAUAGGAUAACACAAUGAUAAUUAGAAAACAUUUUUUGUAUGGAUUGUGGUUUCUUUUGGAUUACUCCAUAGUCCAUGUGGAGUAUAUAUUUCAGGCGUGCAUGUAGUAGUCGCGUUGUUUGCGGGGUAAUGAUGAAUUAAUAAUAUCCAUAAAAAUUAAUAAUUUCAAAAUAUUUGUUUCUCUACAUUUUUCCAA